CUCUGCCUUGUCCACAAAACUCCAAGCUGCUAAUUUCCAGCCCUAAGCUGCGUCGUCUCAUCUCGUUAUAUUGUUCCCCCCCUCCUUCAACAAAGAAUGUGACAUUAUUGCUAUGGCUAUAUUCAUUCUUCUCGUCUCAACAGUGAUACUUGCGAUAUUCCUGUCCUUUGGACUGGCGUUUAUCGUCCCUCGUCCAAAUUACAAUACACAGCCGCAUAUACCCCGCAAAAAUUCACGAAAAUACCUGACCAUCAGGAUCUCCAACAUCCCUCGAGAUGUGACUAAAGAUCAGUUUCGUGGUAUUCUGAGAAGCCUAUCCAAAACCACCUCAGACUUUACCUCCAACAAUAUACUGGGAUGGUCCUUUACACCGGCUGCCAUCGUUGGCCUUUCGGAGCGCUUUUGUGUAGCCACCGUUACAUUUCAUGUAGCCCCAGCGCUUGGCGACCUAGAGGUGUCUUUGAAGCGUAAACUUGGCGAGGGAGCCACUCGGCUGUUUGUCGAUGAGGACUUCUUCGGCCUCACGCCUCUGGCCGCUCCCCUUCAAAGCCCAGCAGUAGAUAUAAUUGCAGUGACUGGGCUGUCUGGGCAUGCCUUUGGCUCUUGGAAGGCAAGAAGCGGGCCAGAUAUGUGGCUUCGCGAUUUUCUCCCGCCCUCAGUUCCAAAUGCGCGCAUCAUGAUAUAUGGCUAUGAUACCAAGUUGCCAGGAAGUCAGUCGGAGGCAUCUAUUCUUGAAUUAUCAAAGAAACUGCUCGAGUCUGUUAAAACGUCUAGGUCUGGCGAGUCUAAAAACCGGCCCCUUAUAUUUAUUGGACACAGUCUUGGCGGCCUCGUAUUGAAGCAGGCCCUUGUCCAAGCCUGUGACGGCAGUGAUGACGAUAAAGCCGUUUUCAUGUCAUGUUAUGCGCUUAUGUUGUUUGGCGUUCCUAAUAGAGGCAUUGAAACUUCGAGUCUUAUGGCCAUGGUCAAGGGGCAGCCAAACGAAGCACUAGUGAGAGAUCUUUCAGAGUCAUCACGUUUCUUGAGUCUACUACAGAGCAUGUUUUACGAGCGGUUCACAAUCGACAGCUCACGAAUCAUAUGUGUUUAUGAAACACAAAUGACUCCGACAGUUGAGUGGUCUGUGAAAACAGCGUCGUGGGAAAGGACUGGACAGAAGGUCAUGAUGGUACCGCACACAUCUGCUACACAUGUUAGUAAGAACGAAAAAACAUACGACCACCUUCCUAUCGAUGCGGAUCAUUCCAAUAUUGUCAAAUUCCAUAAUCCAUCCAAUCAGGAUUAUGCUAUUAUAGAAGCAAGGAUCAAGCAAUUAAUAGACCAAGCGCUGCCGAUUGUUAAAUCACGGUUCAUCAGUCACCAAAAAAAGUUAUCAGCUUUGGAAUCUCAAUACGUCAACACCCUCAACUCUCCAAACUAUGACUGGUUUCGACAUGGCAAGGUUGAUGAACCAGCGCCUGGGACACUUCGCUGGUUCUUACGCGAGAAGCAAUUUCUUUCUUGGAAAGAUAGCAACGAGUCCUCUAUUCUCUGGAUUAGAGGGUCAGCAGGCCAAGGGAAAACCGUCUUGGCCAAGUUUCUCCUGGACCACUUGGAGAGCGCUAUCUCUGACCCUGGUUCUAAACCUACCGUCAUCUAUUUCUUCUUCUAUGACCAGGAUCAAAGUCUCCGAACCGUGGAAGCGGCGCUAAGAUCGCUCAUCAAACAACUCAUUUUGCAUCGCCGCGGACAUGCUUUCCAGGCCAUUUCAGAAAAGUUUGAUAUUGAGUCACCUGUUAUACCCGAAUACAUCUUGUGGAGAGUUCUAGAUGAACUGCUACGUACAUCUAUUUUUGGCACAAUAUACUGUGUAUUUGACGCGCUGGACGAGUGUCGGGAUGACUCGCCGACCCCCAGAUUGCCAGACUUUUUCUCAAAGCUCAUCAAAUCAUCAUCCAUUAAUAAGCCCACAAACCUCAUUAUCAAGGCACUCAUGAUUAGCCGCCCGACAGUAGAACUGAGCCGUGUGCUGGAACAGCGUCCGUUCAUACAUCUGAAAGCCAAUCCUCAAGACCUAGAGGUGUUUAUUCGAUCUCAGAUUGAGAAAAUUGGCCUGAGUGACGAUCUUCAUGGUAAUGCGAUUAAACUGCUGACGAGCCGUGCCGGGCAGACUUUCAUAUGGAUAUCUAUUGUUCUAAAGAAGAUCAAGGCCGUGACAUCACCGCUAUCGGAGGUGGACAUGGAGAAAAUCAUUACUCAGAGUCCUUCGGACUUGACAGCUCUUUAUGAAGAUAUCAUGACACAGAUCAUGCGCAGCGAGAAUGAAAUACAGCAGAAACUUCUCGCUUGGGUUGUUUACGGCCAACAAGCUUUGACCUUGCCCGAGCUACAAGAAGCGCUCUCCGUUCAGCACGAUUCUAGUAGUGUGGAAUCCACGAAGAAAUAUAUGAUUCGACUUACAGAGUACGUUGUCACAAGUGUCGCCAUCCUGGAAAUUAGCUUUGGCAAGGUCUAUCUGAUACACCAGUCAGCAAAGGACUUUCUCCUCUUGAGUGGGCAUCUGGCUGCUGCUGAGUUCUGCCGCAUUCUACGCCCCUCUGCAUAUCUGGGAAGGAUCUGCAUGGUAUAUUUGUGUUUCUCGGAAUUCAAGAGCGGGCCUUGUUGUGAUCGUGCGGAGCUGGAUCAGAGGAUCCGACAGUACCCUUUCCUUCGCUACGCUGCGCGCAACUGGCACCGUCAUAUUCAGGCUGAGGACGAUAUCAGCGGCUUCGCCAAUAUCAUCCGCCAGAUAACAGAGCCAAGGUCCCCCACGCUGCUGGCAUGGGGGGAGGUUGCUGGCAUCCUGGACCUCGACAAGGCAGAAACUGUAUGGGAUAUUGCGACAAGAGCUCACAUCCCGUGGCUGCCAGAACUGUCUGAAUUCCGUGCCAAAGGCACCAUUGUCGAUCAAAACAGAGUUAAGCUGGCGGCCAAUAGUGGUCUUGCAGGCUCUGAUGCUUUGAGUGCCCUGGUGAGACGCGGCAACGUUCAAUUUACCACGGAAGCUGCUCACGCAAUAGCUCGCUACUUUGAUCAAGAAAUGAUGCAAUCGUUUUUGGAAAGCAAUCGGCGCGUCGUUGUUACUCCGUCGCUCAUGAGAGCAGCUGCAGCUAAUGGAAAGUAUGGUGCCUCAGUGAUACGCCUAUUAUUGAAGAGCCUAGAUGACUUUGUUAUUACAGAGGACUUUGUAAUGAUGUUGAAAAUAAACCAUUCCUGCAGCCAAGACAUCGUGGAAUUCCUCUUGCAUGAGAAUGUGAAGAUCUCGAAUGAAGCGCUGGCCAGUUUGGUGGCUAUUUUCGGUGCAAAAAUCAUCAAGUACGUGCAGAGUUCACAGUGGGAUGAUGUUUUGAUCACAGAAGCUGUCGUGGAGGCCGCGGCUGCUUGCCAAGACGGAGAAGAGGCGAUGACUCUGUUGCUGGAACAGCGUGAGAAAGAGAUUGAGAUCACAGAGGGAGUGCUCCAAGCAGCGGCCAGUAGUGAAUAUGAUGACAGUGGAGCUGUGAUGGAAAUACUAAUUAAGCGAGAGAACAGAGUUGAUAUCACCGAAGAUGUUGUCAUAGCUGCCGCUCUAAACCGGGAGAAGGGCAUAGAGGUGAUGUCUGUUUUACUUGACGAGUGCAGAGAUGAAAUCCAGAUCACCGAAGAUGUUUUUCGAGCCGCGGUAAGGAAUUACACACAUAGCAAAAGGAUGACCUUGCUUCUUCUCGAGAACAAUGCCAACGAGAUUGGAGUCACAGAAGACAUGCUUAUAGAUUCAGCAAUGAAUUCUGCCACCAGCAGGGCAGCAAUGGCAUUACUUCUUGAAAAAUCUGAGAAUAAGCUCAAGAUCACAGAAGCUGUGCUUGAAGCCGCGGUAGAGCACGGGGUGGGGGGUGGAGCGCUCAUGACGUGGCUUUUCGAAAAGCAUGGAGAUGAGAUUCAUGUUACAGAACCCGUUAUAAUGGCUGCUGCAUCGUCUUGGGACGCCGAUAUAGCGAUAGAACUUCUUCUCGAGUAUCGUGGAAAUGACGUUAGAUGUACGGAGAACGUGAUCAAGGCCGCAGCCAGAAGCUUUCGUGGAAGCACAAAGGUGAUGGCUUUACUUCUCGAAGCGCGUGGAGAUGAGAUCCAGAUUACAGAGGAUAUCCUUGUAGCUGUGGCAGACAAUUACGGUAGUGGACUUGAAACGAUGAGGCUUCUUCUGGCUCGACGGCCAAAUGAGGUCAAAAUAACAGAGAGCGUGAUGAGGGCUGCUGCAGGUAACCGCUCCCUCGGCUUCGAAUUGGUAUCUCUACUUUUAAAAGAGCGUGGAGAUGAGGUUAGAAUUACCGAAACUGUAGCAAGGGCUGCGGCGGCGUCUCAGGGUCGCCCGACCAUGGCAUUACUCCUUGAGAAGCGUGGAAGUGAGUUCCAGAUCACAGAAGACGUGGUCGAGGCCGCUGCAUGGAACUCUUCCAGCGAUGCCAUCGCACUACUUCUUGAGAAGUGCGGAAGCCAGAUCAAGAUUACUGAAGAAGUUAUCAAGGCUGCUGCAGAGAGCCAUUCCAAUGAGGGAAUGAGAUUCCUUCUGGAGAAAUGCGAGAAGGAGAUCAAAAUCACGGAGGACAUCGUCAAGGCUGCUGUAGGAGGCUUUAGGGACUGCACAUUAGUCAUGACGCUGCUUUUCGAAAAGUAUGGAAGCAAGGUUGAGAUCACAGAGGAUGUCAUCAUAACUGCCGCCAGGAACCACGACAACGCCGCACCAAUUUUAACGACGCUUCUCCGCAAAAGCAAUGUCAAAAUCACAGAGCAAAUCACUAAAGCCAUGGCGAAAAAUUUCACUUGCGGGAGAGCAAUGAUGAUUUGGCUUCUAGAGAAGUACGGAAGCGAAGUUAAGAUCACAGAAGACGUGAUGAUAGCCGCAGCUAAGAAUAGAGAAAAGAGCAGAGCAGUUUUGGCCUUGCUGUUUCAAAAACGCAGAGACGAGAUCAAAAUCACGGAAAAAAUUGUGAAAACCGCCGCUAGAAAGAGCAGGGCGGCCUUGCUAUUCUUGCUGGAGAAGUUUGCAAGUGAGAUUCAGAUUACGGAGAGUAUCGUGAAGGCUGCCGUAAGUAAUCAGCGAAGCGGUAGAGCAGUCGUGCUGCUGCUUUUCAAGACUUAUGGGGAAAUGAUCAAGAUAACAGAGGAUAUUGUUCUAGCCGCGGUUGGAGGCGGAAGAAGCAGCAGAUCAAUUAUGCAAUUGCUUUUCAGAGAGCGCGGAAGUGAAAUUACCAUUACCGAGAAAGUAAUGAAGGCCGCUGUGGGAAAUGACAGAGGGAUUACAUCGCUUCUGCUAGAGGAGCGUGGAAACGAGAUCGAAAUUACAGAGGACAUACUAAUAACGGCUGCAGGGAACGUGUACUACGGCGAGGACGUGAUGAAUCUCCUUCUUGAUAAGCGGCUCAGCGACGUUUCAGCUUUGGUACGGGAUUCGGUAUGUCUUGCAGCCGCCGCAUCUGGGCAGAAGGAUGUCCUCAAGCUCUUGUGCAACCGCCAUGGAUUUCUCCCUCUUCGGAAGGAAUGGGCAACAAUUGCGGCAUUCUUCAACGCGGCAAAGGGUGGAGACGUGGUAACCGUCGAUAAGCUUCUGAAGGAGGGAGUAGACCCAGAUGUUGAAAAUCCCGACCUUACAUUUAUAACACCAUUAUGCGCUGCUACUCGCUACGGUCACACGGCCAUUGUGGAGCUUCUUACGCAGAGGAAAGACGUCAACGUCAACGUCAACGUUUUGUCGAAGAAAGGCAGAUCACCGAUAUUCUGGCCAUCUGCGAAUGGCGACGAGGCCAUUGUGAAGCUACUGAUAGCUGCUGGUGCAAAAGUCGAUGUUGUGGAUGACUACGGCUACACGCCGGCUUCUUUAGCAAGAUACCACGGGUAUGGGAGAAUAGCUGAGAUGUUGGAACGGUCGAGCUCUGAGCGGUGAGUCUGACAGCAUCGAUACAAUCUGGGGGACUUGGGUGAAUGAAUCUAGGAUUGUUAUAAGAUGGAUAAAUGGGCAAUGAAGUUGGGAGCAUGUGCAAAGAGAAGGUGUUUCAACCUCGUGUAUUAUUCACAAUAGCUUCCCAAUACAGUUGCUUCGUCUCUGA